UGAAGGCAAGAAGACUUUAACCCAUUUUACAAUGGACUCCCUUAUUGCAGCAAAUAGCAAAUUUUGCUUCGAUUUUUUCCAAGAGAUUAGCAAAGAUGAUAGCAACAAAAAUAUCUUUUUCUGCCCUCUGAGCCUCUCAGCUGCCUUUGGUAUGGUUCGCCUGGGAGCUAGGGGUGAGAGUGCACAUCAGAUCGAUGAGGUAUUACAUUUCAAUGAACUUUCCCAGAAAGAAGACAAAGAACCUGACUCCUGUACAAAAAGCAAAAGCAAAGUUUCUGGCAGCUCUCUGGAAGGACAGAAACAAAUGCUAGCAUCUCAGGAUCAGCAGGAUGAAUCUACAAAUGAGAACGAUCUGCUCAGUUGUUACUUUGGGAAACUUCUCUCUAAAUUAGAUAGAGACAAAUCUUCUUAUAUUCUAAGUAUGGCCAACAGGCUUUAUGGAGAGCUGGAAUUCCCGAUCUGCCCGGAAUACUUAGAUGGUGUGAUUCAGUUUUACCACACGACGGUUGAAAGUAUUGAUUUUCGGAAGGAUACUGAAAAGUCGAGACAAGAGAUUAACUUCUGGGUUGAAAAUCAAUGCCAAGGUAAAAUUAAGGAACUGUUCAGCAAGGAGGCUAUUAAUAAUGCAACUGUGCUGGUGCUGGUGAAUGCUGUUUACUUCAAGGCCAAGUGGGAAAAAAACUUUGACUGUGAGAACACAGUUGAUGCACCUUUCUCUCUAAAUGAGAAUGAGAAGAAGACAGUAAAGAUGAUGAAUCAGAAGGGUAAGUUUAGAAUUGGCUUCAUUGAGGAGCUGCAGGCACAGAUCCUAGAAAUGAAGUACACCACGGGGACGCUCAGCAUGUUCGUCCUGCUGCCAUCUUGCUCAGAAGACAACGUGAAGAGCCUGCAAGAGCUUGAAAAGAAAAUAACCCAUGAAAAAAUAAUGGCCUGGAGUAGCUCAGAAAACAUGUCAGAAGAAUCUGUGGCCAUUUCCUUCCCCCAGUUCAACCUGGAAGACAGCUAUGAUCUCAAUUCUAUUUUGCAAGACAUGGGCAUUAUCGAUAUCUUUGAUGAAACAAAGGCUGACCUUACUGGAAUUUCUCAGAGCCCCAAUCUGCACUUGUCCAAAGUUAUCCACAAGAGCUUUGUGGAAGUGGAUGAAAUGGGUACCCAGGCAGCUGCAACCAGUGGGGCUGUUGGCGCAGAAAAGGCACUGCCAUCUUGGGUGGAGUUUAAUGCCAACCACCCUUUUCUGUUUGUUAUCCGACACAAUCCAACCCAAACAAUUCUUUUCUAUGGCAGGAUCUACUCUCCUUGA